UACCUUUUUCUAUUUCUCAAACACUACUUGUUUAAAAACUUCGUCUUUCAUCUACUUUCAUUUCAACAAUUUGAUAAGACGAAAACACACUUGUCCACUAUUUUUGAAGGAACAAUUUUUUUUGGACGAUAAAUCCUUUCAGACGGAAAACAUGCUUACUCAACUUGUUUGUUGAAGCAGGCGAUCAGUUUUAUUGAAUGCAAAAAGCUUUCAAGUCAGAUGAGCCUGCACAAGUUUUAAACAAUGCUUGAAUAUUCUUUGUAUUAAAAGAAAAAAUAGUAUCUUUUGCAAAAUGAUUUUGAAAAAUCUUCCUUCGAACACACACACACAUUCAACCCCCCCUUCUGUGUGUAUUUUCGCUAACUUCAGUUGGUAUCAGAGCUUGACCCCUUGGGUUGAGCAUCUAACACUACAGGAGAAACGAUCAUGGAAAACGAAGGACAGGCCAUAAAUCGUCCACCUCUCUUCAGAGGAACAAAAUACGACUACUGGAAACAAAAAAUGAUUGCAUUCUUUGAUGCAUGUCAUAUAGACAUGUGGGACGUUGUGGAAAAAGGAAACUACAUCCCUUGAAAUGAAGCCAGUGAUGAGAUACCCAAGGCACAAUGAAAUGAAGAGCAGAAGCAAAGAUUCGUGCUAAACUAAAAAGCACGCAAUGCGCUCAUGUGUGCCCUGUCUGAGGAGGAAUACACUAAAGUUCACAGCUUCAGAAGUGCAAAACAGAUGUGGGAUACAAUAGCCCUGACCUACGAGGGAUCCCUAGAGGUAAAACGCAAGAUGCUAAGCUUGUUGGCGUGUAAGUAUGAACUCUUCGAAAUGGAAAAAAUUGAAUCUAUCCAAACCAUGUUUGGAAGAUUUCAAACAAUUGUAAAUGAACUAUCAUUUUUAGGAAGAACUUACGAUAAUUUUGAUCAUAUUGACAAAUUACUUCAAAGUUUACCCAGGAAGUGGAGACCACAGGUCACAGCCUUGAGAGCGUCCAAAAACUUAGAAAAGCUCUCACUGGAGGAACUCACUAGACUACUUAAAGUCCAUGAGUUGGAGCUACAACAAGACGAUGUUGGGAGAAAACAGAAAUCCAUUGCACUGAAUGUACAAAAGACAAAGUCCACUCCAACAUCCUCAAGAGUCCUAAAGGCAGAAGAGACAUCUAAUGAAAGUUGUAGUGAAGGUACUUGCGAUACAGACGAUGAGAUAUCCUUCUUAUCAAGGAAUAUCCUCUCAAUGAUGAAAAAGAAGGGAGGAAUACGAUGGAGAAAAUACAGCAGAACUCCCAAAGAGAAAGCACAACCACUGUGCUUUGAGUGCAAGAAACCUAGACACUACAAAAUAGAAUGUCCAGAACUAGAAAAAGAAAAAGAAAAAGAGAAAAAGAAGUCGAUCUCCUAUAAGAAAAAGAAGGCAAUGAUGGCCACCUGGGAGGACCAUGAUACCACGUCACCUAAGGAUGAUGUAGAAGCAAACAUCUGUCUUAUGGCAGACACAGACUCAUCAUCAGAAUCUGAUGAUGAAGAGGUUUUGAAAUCUGGAGGAAAAUGGCUCAGCCAUUCAAAAGGGCUGAGCGGAUUCAAUAAAUUGGAAAGAGAACUACAACAGCCAAAACUUGUUAUUGGGAACUUCAUGCAACAACCAAAACAUGAACCACAACCAACAACAACAACAGCCAAAGCUGAGGGAUAG